GUUUGCCCGUUGUGUGACAAGUGAAGCAGCUGUAUCAGCUGGGAGCUGCAGUCUGUCUGUCUGUCUCAGUCGGGCUCACCGUGCAGGAGGAAUGGCUGGCCUGGGAAGCUUCUGCGUUUCUCUCCUCAACUACAAGACAGCAAAAUAUGUCAUCGCCGAAAACAAGAGAAUAGGAAUAUUAUUAAGACUCUACCAGCUGGCCGUGCUGGGAUACAUAAUCGGGUGGGUGUUUGUGGUGAAAAAGGGGUACCAGGAGAAAGAAGAGACCAUCCAGAGCUCAGUCAUCACCAAGCUUAAAGGUGUUACAAUGAUCAACAGCUCUGAGACAGGAAGUCAACUCUGGAGUCCUGAGGACUAUGUCAUACCCCCAAAUGGUGAGCAGGUGUUCUUCGUAGUAACAAAUUACAUUGAGACCCCCAAUCAGACGCUGGGGCGCUGCCCUGAGAGCGCCAAGGUAUUAGAUGGACAAUGCAACAGUGAUGAUGACUGCAUCGAGGGGGAGACUGUAAAAGCCGGCCAUGGAGUCAAGACCGGGUUGUGUAUAAACGACACUGGGACCUGUGAGAUUCAAGCUUGGUGUCCUGUUGAAUACAAAAAGAGACCCGAAGAGCCUCUACUGAGCGAAGCCGAAAACUUCACCGUCUUCAUCAAGAAUUUCAUCCGGUUUCCAAAGUUUGAAUUCUCCAAGUCCAACUUCAAAGACAACCCCACCAAUAGCAGCAAUGACACCUACCUGAAGGGGUGCUCCUACAGUGACAAAGAUCCUUACUGCCCCAUCUUCCGCCUCGGACAUAUGGUCAGCUUGGCUAGCCAUGACUUCCAAACCAUGGCUAUUAAGGGUGGGUCUGUUGGUAUUGUUAUUGACUGGAACUGUGAUCUGGACAAGGACUCUUCAGAGUGUAAUCCACAGUACAGCUUCACCCGUUUAGACAACUCCACUAAAUCAGGAUACAACUUCAGAUAUGCCAGGUAUUACAAGGAUCAAAAUGGUACAACCAAUCGCACUUUGUUCAAAGUGUAUGGGAUUCGUUUCGAUAUAAUGGUCAUUGGCCAGGCUGGGAAAUUCAAUAUUGUUCCCACAGUAAUUGCCAUUGGCUCGGGAGUUGCUCUGCUUGGUGCAGGAGCGUUUGCUUGUGAUAUGAUACUGCUGUACAUGAUGAACACGAGCUUCUUCUAUCGAGAGAGGAAGUUUGAAAUCAUCAACUUCAAGAGAGACCGGACCAAACCCAAGGAUGGGAAGACAGGGCACCGGGAAAGGAGAUCCAGGAAACCAGCUGCAGAGAAAGAGGCCAUCAACUCUAUCAAAAAGCCAGAGGAAACUGAACUCACUGAGGGAUCUCCCACCGUGGAGAACCAGCCACCUGUGGACAACCGGGGUCCCACCAUUCCACGCAACACAGGACAGCGAUACUCCGCCAUUCUCUCCCCACAAGGAGGUGGAACCAAAAAUCGGACCGAUGUCCGCUUCUCACCUACUGGCACGAAUGCUGGCAUGACACUAGCCUGAGUGAAGAUAUGUCGGUCCAGAGAGUCUUCAUCGUCCUGCACUGUGCAUCUAGGACAGGACACUGAUGUAGAUACACAGGGAGGAAGGUGGUUUUCAGUGGCUGGGUCAGGAUCCAAAGGUGGGAUGUGGGAGAUUAUCCAUAUUAUCCAUAAAUGAUGAUAUGAAAACGUACUGUGAUAAUGCUGACACAAUUAACAGAGUGAUAUAUAAAUUACUCAUCUAAGACUAAGGGAUCUGCCAAACAUUUGCUGCCUCAGAAAUGCAAAUAAUCCAUCGUACAUCUUUAUUUCAUGUCAUAAACACAAUACUUUUAGCUUUUUUGGCUGUUGAUCAGACUAAUUAAGCAUUUCCAGUUAAAGUAACUUGACGGACCUUAGUUUUUAGGCAGAAUUAUAAAAUCACUGGAUAUGAUGCUUUCAUUGAAUUGAAGAAAAUGCAGCCCUUUAUGAUUAUGUAAAAUCUUCACUAUGGAUCUAAAAUGCAGGCUUGAAUAAGGUUAAAUAAAUAGAUUCGGUUACAUUGGUCAGCAAAAUAUAGUGAAUUAAUGUCUGAUUAUGAGAUUUACUAUUUUGUCAGCAUGCAUUCAAAGUGAAAAUGUUUUUAAAGAACUGCACUCGGAAGCAAUAUGUAAGAAAAUGUGAACGGUCUUAACUGUUGGUGUUUCGGUUUAAUGCUUCAUGUACCUGUGUUGUGAAGCGCAUCUGAGCGUACUGUUAAAACACUGCUGUACGGGAUAUCAAGUUGGCUGUUGCUGAUAUCUGCCAUGCAACGACUACAACACAAUCUCUGUCACAACAUAACUCGUCCUCGUGAAGCUGUGGAAUGCAGUGUGUCGUGUGCUACGGGUCUACCGCAAGUGGACGAGUUCUCUGUUGAUGUACUGGUUGAUAAUGAAUGGUGCAAGAAAUUGAAGUGCAUGGACUCUUCUUCCUGUUUGUUGUUCUCGUUUUUAUUUAUUUGAAUAGUCUUUA